UGGCUGUAGGCGCCGGGAAUAGGAUUCGCCUUCACAGACGUGAUGUUGGGAGCGAUGAAGCCUAUGGCAAUGCGUGUGUGAGGAAUUUCAAACAGCGCGUCUUUUCUCAAUGAUGGAUCAAUGCAUAAAAUCAGUCUUCAUUAUUGGAUUUCAACUGAAACGAGGUAGCAGUUGACUGGAGCCUAAAGCGGUUAUGACUUCUCAUAAGGCAUUGGACAAUUGUUCAAACAGAAUGGCAUGACAAGCACGUUUCCUUCACAGCUGUUACAAAGAGAGGAAUUGACCCAACACGAUCACUGUGGUACUCGUUCUCACCUUAUUCAGUCUAGUUUGAACUGGCAUGGAAAACAAGAGCAGUUCGGUGCUUUGGUCGUCACUGUAAGACAGAUUGGUUCAUCAGAAGGCGAUAUUGCGUCCACGGGUGAUUUGGAGCUGUCAGACGGCAUUGUUCUAGGAGCGCGGAGUCGAGGAUACCUUGUACUGGUGCAAAGAUCUACACCUGGGAUUUCUAUUUAGGAAUCGCUUCUUCAUCGAGGGGCUUAUUUUAUCUGCUUGUUGAGACUGCUCCGAGUUGGUACAAGUGACAUGAUUGAGAACCUGGCAGGAAUAACAGAAGACACACACGGGGGGAACUAUACCUUUACCUACUAUGAAGAAAUACCGCCGUGUGUAUGGCCGGACCCUAGGCCACCAGGGGUCCACUGCGCCCCGGAAUGGGACAACUACAAGUGCUGGCCAGCCACCCCGGCUAACACCACUGUGUAUGGGCCGUGUCCGACGAUCUACGGCUUCAACGAUUCACUUUUACUCGCUCAUCGCAAAUGUUCAGCCAAUGGGAAGUGGGAGAAUGGAAGCUGGACGAACUAUACGGCCUGUGGGGACUAUGUACGAAAGCCUGAUGACCUUUUACCUUUCGGUAAUGAUGGAGUGCAGGUGGAGCUAGCCAAUGUGUUGACUGAUGUCUACUACGCCGGCAGUAUCAUCUCCCUCACCUUCCUCAUCAUCACCCUCUUCAUCUUCUGCUACUUCAGGUCGCUACAGUGCAGCCGUAUCUCCAUCCAUAAGAACCUCGUGGUGUCAUUCAUCUUCCGCUUCACGCUCAUCCUCAUCCUGCUCGUGCCCUAUGUGUCAGACAGGAAUUACCCGACUUACAGAGACGUG